AUGUCUUUCUCUCACAGUUAUGAAAGCGGCUCCGAUACCGACUUCGAAGACGAAGCUGGUGUUGGAUUGAUUUAUCUCGGCAAAAUCCAGCCUCAUAGACGCUCAAUGUUUACUUUCCGAUUUCAAUCGCGAGCAAGGCGGUGUUUGCAAGCUAUCAAACGAAAUCCAAAAGUCGUCAAGAGAAUCUUCAUCUCGUUCUGGGUACUCGUGGCCAUUAUAACUACUGCAGUUGGAAUCUGGUACUCCCUAGUCUUCGCACUGACAAGACGUCUUUCACCUCCAGCACAGUCGCAGAAUGGUGUAGGUGAGGUCAUAUAUCAAUGGGCAGAACCUGGCUCAGCUUCAACUGCUUCGACAUCGCCUGCAUGGCUUCCAGACUUCACAAAAGACAUAACUCCUAUACCGUGUCAUUCGCAUAAUGACUACUGGCGCACAACUCCGCUUUACGACGCUCUUCUCGCUGGCUGCACAAGUGUCGAAGCAGAUGUCUGGCUCGAAGACAACGAACUCUACGUUGGACACUCCCACAGAUCUUUGCGCAAGUCAAGGACAUUCAAAAGUCUUUAUGUCGAUCCCAUACUCUCUAUCCUAGAGAACCAAAAUUUGAAACCGGAAAUCACCACUGCCGACGAGCGUAUUCAAGGAGUCUUCGAUACAAGUCCAAACACCACUUUGAUCCUUCUCGUAGACUUCAAGACGGACGGCCACGACCUGUUUCCUGUCGUAGAAGCACAGCUUGAAACUCUCAGACAGAGGGGUUAUCUCACAAGAUUUAAUGGUACUCACCUCAUUCCUAGUGCAAUCACGGUCGUUGGCACUGGUAAUACCCAGUUUACCGACAUCACUUCCUCCACCAAUCGUACGAUAUUCUUCGACGCGCCUCUCGAAAAGCUCUCUGUUUCUCCAGAAUACACGCCAGAGAAUUCAUACUAUGCAUCUGUUUCCAUGACCAAGGCUGUUGGACAUCUGUGGUUUAACAAGUUCUCCGCUGAACAAAAAGAGAUGAUAAAAGCUCAAAUUGACGAGGCAACGAAGAGAGGUUUAGUGAGCAGAUACUGGAGUGCGCCCGCUUGGCCUGUGGGAUGGAAAAUCAGAGUCUGGGAGUUCUUAACGGAGAAUGGUGUUGGGAUGUUGAAUGUCGAUGAACUGCAGGAAGCUUCGCGUUGGAGUUGGAGAGGGUGUGUUGUGAUGGGUAUCGGGCUGUGUUAG